UAGUUUUUAUUUUUCAAUUUCUAUUUAUUUUUUUCUUUAUUUAAACAGUUUUUUUAUAUCUGUCGUUUUUUUUUCUUCUCCUUGUUCUUUCUGGCCAGUGAUGACCAGUCAUGAGCGAAUUAUGUUGCAAAAUCUUUUCAUGCCGUUAAUUACGUUCACAUUGUGUAACCGUUAGGGUAUUUUGCCCCAUUGAACCUACAGAGAGCGAGCCACCUGAGCAUUCCUUCUGAGUGCUCAAGAAGUUCGUCGAUUAAAUAUCGACGAUUUUCCUGCCUUAUUUUGUAUAGAAAGAACACAAAAUUGUUAAAUAGGAGAGAUUAGGAGAUAGGUUCAAUAAUUGAUGAUUGAAUAAACACUCCAAACGACUUUCUGAAUUUCAAAAGUUUAAAAAUUCAUAACACUUACAAACACACAUAACACUUACUGAACAAUAACGGGUAUUUAGAAAAUGAUAAACGUCAACGGAAAAUGAAACGGAAGCUGGUAAGGAUGGGUAACUAACACUUUGACUUAAUAAGAUCUUUCCACCUACAACCACGAGAGCGACUAGACGACAGUUAAGUGUUCUAGGGAAACUUAAAUAUUAGUAUAUCGUGGAGUAAAGCAAAUAUUAUAAGUGGAAAGAGCCAGAAGCAUUAAGAAUAUCUACUAAGUCAAGUGAGUGUUCGAUAUUAUAAAUAGUUAUCCCAUCCUAACCAAAGCUCCCACUUAGGACCCUUAAAGUUCUGGGCAGAGAUUCCGGCCAAGUGACCCUACCAAACUACGGUUCACACCAGGCGAACGGUUCGGUGAGCCAAAUCCUUGGCUUAGUCGGAAUCAUAAGCAUCGUGUUCCUCAAUCUAACUGGACACGGCAUCCGGUUACACGUGGCAACUGGGCAGGUGAACCGAAUUACUACCCCGAAGGUCCCGACCAUCCCAUGUCCAUCCGCUAGUUGGGUCCACCAAAUCGCCAUCCCAAGAGGCAAAGGACCCAAUGAAUACAGUGGACAACUGAAGCGGAAAAUCUAAAACAACUCAGAGCCUGUAGCAGUCCAUCGGGUUCCGUUGCUCUGUCGAGCGUUGCGCUGCGGGCACCAUCCAGAGCACCAGCUGGAAAUUAGCAUCGAGGGCAACCAUAAACGCCAAACCGACUUAUCUCGAUCUGGUUCCAGAGGGUGUUGUUUGAUCCCUUCAAACAGGUUCGUAAGAAUUCAAACAACUACCCUCCGGUUCCAUUGCUGCGAAUGGUCAGUUGACAACCACGGUUGGAAGCGCAGCGACGAAUUGGACCCGUUACGGCCGGCCGGUACCAGCGACAGCAGCAGCAGAGCACACAAUACACACCUACACUACACAAAAAGAUAGUUCAAUGACCAAAGCAUACCUCUGUUGAUUUCAAAAUGGCAGCUGAAAUCGAAAAUAAUUUCUUGGCAACUAACAUCGAGUUGACAAAUCGAUACAAAACCACCGACGUAAAUCCCAGCUACGCCAAUCGCACGAAAGUCGACAGCCGCUGCCACGUGCUCUGUCGAAGGUUUUUCAUCUGUAUCCUGCUGGUGGCGGUCGUUUUUCUCUCCGGUGUAAUCUACGGCAUUUACCAUUUUGCCAGUCUCGAGCCGGAUGUGUGCCGCACCCAGGAAUGUCUUCGAUCGGCCGCAGUCCUCAAGCUGAACAUGAACCCGGCCAUCGAUCCGUGCGAGGACUUUUACAAGUACGCCUGUGGCCGUUGGGCCGAGGAACACCCGCGGCCGGACUCGCACACCUCCUACAAUUGGUACUCGGAGCGACAGGUUAAAAUCUACAACAUCAUCCGGGCUCGACUGGAGGCCAAUAUAAGCCGAUCGGAUCCAAGGCCAGUGCGGCAGGCCAAAGCCAUGUACAUCGGCUGUCAGAGCCCUCAUCAUCGAAAAACUGAGGGCUUCAAAUCACUAGCCAAAUAUCUCAAAGAAUUCGGGUUGCCUCUGUUGCCAACUUUGCUCACCAGAACUUUACCGAAAAAGAGUCACAGCUUCGAUUGGGUCAGUAGCGUGGCCAAAAUCCAGCGGAAACUGGGCCUGAAUGUCCUCGUAGGGUUCGACAUCGUCCCGGAUCAUCAGGAGAAAAGUAUUAAGCGACUGACAUUGGAAUAUCCAUACGACCCACAGGAUUUCAACUUUCCAACUUACGAAUGGUCCAAGAAAUUCUCCGUCCAUAAACGGCUUAAAUCGAAAUCAUCCGAGGAGACAGAUCAUGAAGAUUUGACGGAAGAGGAAGGGGAAGAGGAAAACGAGGUGGAGCAGAUGGAAGAGGUCAUGAAGACCCUUAUUGAGGCAGUAGAUCCCAGCAUGAAUGUUUCCAAAUCAGAUGAAAGAAUAAGGGAGCUUUCGGUGCAGUAUCUGAAUUUCGGAAAGUCGAUACCAAAGGUAAAUUCGAAGGAAAUUUAAAAAUUUCAUUUUUUUUUCAAACAAUAGAUGUUUUUGGGGUGGAAGCGAAACGGAUUAAAAACAUGGCGGACAACUUUUGACAAAAAACUUUUAUUGCUGAUAGCUUGUGAGAACAGAACUGUACUACUUAAAGUGUAAAAGUAAACUGACCAAAAUCAACGGUUUUUCCGCAAGGCUUUAGCACAAAGCUGUUGCGCUAAUUAUAUGCUAAAAGAUAAAUCCAAUGUUGAAACACGCUGAUGGAACAAUAGAAGUUGAAAAUAUUAUGAAGGAUUGUCAGUUUGUCAUUCUUUCGCUCUCUCAGUUUCAGAUUGAAAAACUCUCCCAGUCUCCAAGUCUCUUAGUUUUUCAGCCUAUCAGUCUCUCAAUAUUUCAGUCUCUCAGUCUCUCGAUCUCUCAGUCUCUCAGUCUUUCAGUCUCUCAGUCUCCCAGUCUCUCAAUGUCAGUCUCCAGUCUCCAGUCUCCAUUUUCCAGUCUUCAGUCUACAGUCUGAAGUCUCCAGUCUCCAGUCUCCAGUCUCCAGUCUCCAGUCUCCAGUCUCCAGUCUCCAGUCUCCAGUCUCCAGUCUCCAGUCUCCAGUCUCCAGUCUCUAGUCUCCAGUCUACAGUCUCCAGUCUCCAGUCUCCAGUCUCCAGUCUCCAGUCUCCAGUCUCCAGUCUCCAGUCUACAGUCUCCAGUCCUCAGUCUCCAGUCUCCAAUCUCAAGUCUCGAGUUCCAAGGCUCCUGUCUCCAGUCUCCAAACUCUAAUUUUCAGUUUCUCCAAUCUUAAAUCCCCAGAACUACUAUCUCCAGUCUCCAGUCUCCAGUCUCCAGUCUCCAGUCCCAAGACUCAAGUCUCCAGUCUCCAGUCUCCAGUCUCCAGACUCUAGUAUCCAGUCUCCAGUCUCCAGUCCCAAGUCUCAAGUCUAAAGUCUCAAGUCUCCAGUCUCCAGUCUCCAGUCUCCAUUCUCCAGUCUCCAGUCUCCAGUCUCCAGUCCCAAAACUCAAGUCUCCAGUCUCCAGUCUCCAGUCUCCAGUCUCUAGUAUCCAGUCUCCAUACUCCAGUCCCAAGACUCAAGUCUCCAGUUUCCAAUCUCCAGUCUCCAGUCUCCAGCCUCCAGUCUCCAGUCUCCAGUCUCCAGUCCCAAGACUCAAGUCUCCAGUCUCCAGUCUCCAGUCUCCAGUCUCCAGUCUCUAGUAUCCAGUCUCCAGUCUCCAGUCUCCAGUCUCCAGUCUCCAGUCUCCAGUCUCCAGUCUCCAGUCUCCAGUCUCCAGUCUCCAGUCUCCAGUCUCCAGUCUCCAGUCUCCAGUCUCCAGUCUCCAGUCUCCAGUCUCCAGUCUCCAGUCUCCAGUCUCCAGUCUCCAGUCUCCAGUCUCCAGUCUCCAGUCUCCAGUCUCCAGUCUCCAGUCUCCAGUCUCCAGUCUCCAGUCUCCAGUCUCCAGUCUCCAAUCUCCAGUCUCCAGUCUCCAGUCUUCAGUCUCCAGUCUCUAGUCUCUAGUCUCCAGUCUUCAGUCUCCAGUCUCCAAUCUCCAAUCUCCAAUCUCCAGUCUCCAGUCUCCAGUCUCCAGUCUCCAGUCUCCAGUCUCAAGUCUCCAGUCUCUAGUCUCCAGUCUCCAGUCUCCAGUCUCCAGUCUCCAGUCUCCAGUCUCGAGUCUCGAGUUCCAAGGCUCCUGUCUCCAGUCUCCAAACUCUAAUUUUCAGUUUCUCCAAUCUCAAAUCCCCAGUUCUACUGUCUCCAGUCUCCAGUCUCCAGUCUCCAGUCUCCAGUCUCCAGUCUCCAGUCUCCAGUCUCCAGUCUCCAGUCUCCAGUCUCCAGUCUCCAGUCUCCAGUCUCCAGUCUCCAGUCUCCAGUCUCCAGUCUCCAGUCUCCAGUCUCCAGUCUCUAGUCUCCAGUCUCCAGACUCUAGU